AUGACAACAGCAAUAUCUAUUGAAGAUGUCCGGAGAGAAGUGAAGAUUUUGAAAGCUCUUUCAGGCCAUAGGCAUUUGGUCAAAUUUUAUGAUGCUUGUGAGGAUGCCAAUAAUGUUUACAUUGUCAUGGAAUUGUGUGAAGGAGGAGAAUUACUUGACAGAAUAUUGUCACGGGGUGGUAGAUACUCAGAAGAUGAUGCAAAACUUAUUGUUGUACAAAUUCUGAGUGUAGUUGCAUUCUGUCAUCUACAAGGUGUUGUUCACCGUGACUUGAAGCCAGAGAAUUUUUUAUUCACCUCUAGAAACGAAGAUGCUGAUAUGAAGCUAAUUGACUUUGGUCUUUCUGACUUUAUCAGACCAGAUGAGAGACUUAAUGAUAUUGUUGGAAGUGCAUAUUAUGUAGCACCAGAAGUGCUCCACAGAUCGUACAGUUUGGAUGCAGAUAUCUGGAGUAUUGGUGUGAUCACCUAUAUUUUGUUAUGUGGAAGCAGACCAUUCUGGGCAAGGACAGAAUCUGGAAUUUUCCGUGCAGUCUUACGAGCUGACCCUAACUUUGAAGAUUUACCUUGGCCUUCUGCCUCCCAAGAGGCCAAGGACUUUGUUAAAAGGCUUCUAAACAAAGACUAUAGGAAAAGAAUGACUGCUGCUCAAGCUUUGAUGCAUCCAUGGUUGCGGAGUGAAAGCCAUCCCAUUCCUCUAGAUAUAUUGAUCUAUAAGUUGGUUAAGAGUUAUCUAAAUGCCACCCCUCUCAAGCGUGCAGCAUUGAAGGCUCUGUCGAAAGCUUUGACAGAGGAUGAACUGGUUUACCUGAGAGCACAAUUUAUGCUUUUGGAACCUAAUAAAGAUGGGCGAGUAUCUAUCGAAAACUUUAGAAUGGCUCUUUCAAGAAAUGCAACUGAUGCUAUGAGAGAAUCAAGGGUCCCAGAUAUUCUAAAUGCGAUGGCACCACUAUCUUAUAGAAAGAUGGACUUUGAGGAGUUUUGUGCAGCUGCUAUCAGCACUUACCAACUGGAAGCCCUGGAGGGCUGGGAGCAAAUUGCAUCAACGGCAUUCGAGUUUUUUGAACAGGAGGGGAAUCGAGUAAUUUCUGUUGAGGAAUUGGCUAGGGAGUUGAAUGUGGGCCCCACCGCGCAUUCGAUCCUCAGAGACUGGAUAAGAAGCGACGGGAAACUGAGCCUACUUGGGUACACUAAAUUUUUGCAUGGGGUGACGCUUCGCAGUACAAAUACAAGACACCAUUAGCAGAGUUAUGAAUUUACUAGCUGCUGAUCCUUUUUUCUUCUUCUUCUUCUUAUUGUCCUGGUCGGUCCAUGCUGCUGGUGUUUAGUAUAUUCAAUCAACAAGCGAUAGCUUCUUAGGUGUUUAUACAUUGAUGCGCUUCGAAUGAUAUGCAUUCUUUUCUUUUUUUCUUUUUUCUUGGAUUAGAGGGGGGAAGUGAUGUAAAAAAAAAAAAAAAAAAAAAGAAUAUAGAUGGAGUGAGUGAAAUAGGGAGGUGGGAUAUUAUUGUUUAGGAGGAGGGGAUGUUAGUGGGCAGAAGAAUUUGUUGAGUUGAGAUGGAAAGUGUUAAUGGAUGAUUUGUCUGUCUGAAAUUGAGUGUAUUUAGCAGAAUUGCAUGUAACCCAACCCUUGAGAAUUGAGAAAUGCCCAUUUUCCAAAUUCAACACCUA